AUGUUGCAGGUGGGGAGUCAGUUUGGGAUCCCACAGCUGUUGGCACGGAGUGUUACUCUGGCGUCUGGCAAGGUUAUGUUAGCUCAGAUGGCGAGUAGAAGGUUUGUUUCCAGUGAGAUUCAGGCUAAGGAUCAGCAAGCGGGUGAGUCUAGUACUGCUACUGACACGGGUGUGAUCCACAAGACAGAACAGGAGACUUUGAUCUAUUUUGAUAAUGUGUAUCCUAGGCAGAUAUCUGUCUGGAACCCUGUAGCCUGGUUGAAUUCCAUUUUUAUUGAUCAGUCUCGAGAUGCUAUUAGAUCCAAGAUUACGACAUUUGCUAGUCCUCCCGACAAUCCCAUAUACGGUUUGAAGCUGCGUUCUACUAUCCCAGUCAAGAGGGAUGGCGGUGUCUUUGCAACUUUUCUAGUGCCUUACAAAUAUACUAAAGCUGAAGCAAAUGUCUUGAUUCAGCAAAACACCGCGAGGGAAUCGUCCAAGAGUGUAUUGUCGUAUUUUACUAAGGCUACAGCAUUCCCUGUCAAGGGUUCUCCAUGGAUUGAAGAUCUACGGAGGUUGCCUAGCACCACCAUUGAUGUCAAGUUCCAGGGCCCCGCCCUGACCGAGGAGGAAUUGUAUUCGUUGUUUAGAAGAUAUGGUACCAUUAUUGACAUCUAUCCUCCAUCGGAAUUGUCCAAGAAUAUUACAAAAGUAAAAUACAGGUCGUAUAGAGGAGCUAUAUGCGCUAAGAAUUGUGUCUCCGGUAUUGAGAUCCAUAAUACUGUGUUGCAUAUUCAGUAUGAAAAUAUCGCUAAACCCUUAUUCAUUAAAAAUUUCUUUAUAAACCAUACAAGAAUCGCUAUUCCUGUUUUUAUUGCUCUGUUAUCUAUCAUUGCAGUUCUUAUCUUCGACCCAAUUAGAGAGUUUUCCAUCGAACAAAAGAUAACACAUAGAUACCCUAUCUCAUUAGAUAACCAUUGGGUUAAACAGAUCAAAGAUUUUACAAAUUCUACUGUAUCGUCUUUUAAAAAUUAUUUGAAUUUAAACGAUUCUGGCCACACUAAGAAACAUUUAUGGGAAGAGAGAAUGGAAAUCGUUGAUGAUUUGAAAAUGUGGUUAGAAGAAAAUAACAACACUUUUGUGGUGAUUAGAGGUCCUCGUGGUACGGGGAAAAGGGAAUUAGUGAUGGAUAAUCUACUGCAAGAUAGAGAAAAUGUAUUGUAUCUAGAUUGUGAUAAAAUUGUUAAAUCGAGAACGGACUCUAAAUUUUUGAAAAGUAUUGCUAAUCAAAUUGGUUAUUUCCCAAUUUUUCCUUGGCUCAAUUCACUUACAAGUGUCACUGAUUUGAUGGUCCAGGGCAUGACAGGUCAGAAGACAGGAUUAAAUGAAUCGAAGGAAACUCAAUUCCGAAAUAUCUUAACCACUUCAAUGAUGGCAAUAAGACGUAUUGCCUUGAAAAAAUAUAAACCAGUGAUUCAAGACGGGGGGGAAGUCGUUAAUGUGAAAGAAGAAGAUUAUUUACAGCAACAUCCAGAGGCUAAACCUGUUGUGGUCAUAGAUAGGUUUGCAGGGAAAUCUGACAUAAACGGCUUCGUUUAUAAAGAGUUGGCGGAUUGGACGUCUAUGUUAGUACAAAUGAAUAUUGCACAUGUUGUCUUCUUAACUGAAUCCAUUGCAUCAAAUCAACAAUUGGCAGAAUCGUUUCCUAACCAAGUAUUCAAGAAUUUGGAACUUUCAGAUGCCUCAAGGGAGAAUUCAAAAGCCUUUGUGCUAUCGCAGCUGCAAGAAUCGACUAGAACAUCAAGUUCAUUGAAAUUAGAUGAGAAGCUCUUGAAUGAGAUUGAUGAUGCAAUUGACCCACUUGGUGGUAGAAUGUUAGACUUACAGGCUUUUGUAAGAAGAGUCAAAUCAGGUGAAGAGCCCGAGAAGGCAUUGGAAAAGAUGGUGGAACAAGCGAGUGAACAAAUUACUCAAAUCUUCCUAAGUGACAAAUAUGACAGUGUAAAAAGUGCUCAAGCGUGGGAGUUGAUGGAACUCCUUGACAAGAGCCCCGUUAUUUCUUUCGAAGAUGUCAUCUUCAGACCCCUUUUCAAAGCAUCCCCUGAGUUGGGAGUAAUAGAAUUGGAGAAUAAUGGUCUAAUCACGGUUUCGAGAGAUAGAGGUGUUUUGAGGGAGAUCCGCCCUGCAAAACCUCUUUACAGAGCAGCCUUUCACUACUUAGUCCAUGAUUCACAGCUAUCAACGGUGCUUAAAACCCGUUAUAAUUUAAAAGUUAUUUCUUUUGAAACAGGAAGAAUCAAAAAGUGGGAAGAAGAAUUACGUCCUCUGGGUAAAAUUCAAGAUCCUAAGCUUUUCAAGAGUAGGUUAGAUUACCUUUCAGGGAAGAUCGCAACCAGCAGCGAUGUGAUCAACCAUUGUGAAACAGAGAUAAAGAGGCUUUCUCAAUCGAAAAAAUAA